AUGGACAAAAUGGCCGAAACCCUUGAAAGUGCGUUUUUAGAGUGAAAAUACACGUUUCUCCAAAAUUACCGCUUAAUUUUGUGAUUUCUCGUUCUGAAAACUUCAUUUACAUCACAGUAAACGUUUUGACAAGAAAAAGCACAAAGUUGAAGAUCAUUUUCAGAGAAAAGAAGCUGUUCAUCCCGACCAAGACCGGCCAGACCUUCACCACCUACUCUGACAACGGACCGGGAGUGUUGAUCCAGGUCUACGAGGGAGAGCGUGCCCUGACCAAGGACAACAACCUGCUCGGAAUGUUCGAGCUAUCUGGAAUCCCACCAGCGCCACGCGGAGUCCCACAAAUCGAGGUCACCUUCGACAUUGACGCCAACGGAAUCCUCAACGUGUCUGCCACCGACAAGUCGACUGGAAAGCAGAACAAGAUCAUCAUCACCAUCGAAGUUUUCGAUCUAACUAACGCUUAUGAAUUGGCUCUUUCAGGUGUUCGUCUCGAACAUCCACGUGCGCUUCGAGGAUCGUUAUACGAGAAGUCGGGCUCUCUCUCUCUCUUCCUCUCUCCGACGUUAUUGCUAUGCAAGAAAUCGGUCGGUGCAAGAAGCCUCAAACAAAGUAAGCAGCGUUUACAGUCGCGGUAAAGUCGGAAAUUUCCAGAUUGCUGCCCCGCUACCGCUGCCCGAGAAAUGCAUCUGCUUCUACAUUUGUUGUGAUUGA